ACUUAUAAUUCAUUUCAAAUUAUCAAAGUAGAACGAGUAUAGUGAAAUAGUUGAUUUUGAACGAAGGUUGCUUUGUAUACUAUUUCAAAGAUAUUUAUUAUUCGCUCAAGACACGAAAUAAAUGAAGUUUUUGAAAAUGCGAGAUAUAGAGGUAUUGAAAUUCGGAACAAACCUCAUGAAUUAAAUAUGCCCCAUACAAUAUUAAUUAAAUUUAAGCACAUCAAGGAUACCUAUAAAAAUAAUUAUAAUGUGAUAGAGCGUGUCGGUGUCUACAUUUAACGCUUCAGUUAGUUUAACCAUCACUCGGUCGACACUAAAAACCAAAGUUUAAAAUAGGAGGACAUUUCAAAAUACAUUUUGCUUAAAACAUUUUAAGCAGGGUUUAAAUCUUCAGACUUUGAGAAAGCACAUUCGAAACAAUGGGGAUUAAAGAUGUGUUCUUAUUGUUUGUUCUCAUCAUUGGCUGUUACUGUGAAGGACCUAUUCUUGAAACAAAGAUUGGGAAAAUUCAAGGUAUACAAAGUGAAAAGACAUUCAGGAAUAAAACAUACACCAUCAACGCUUACUUGGGAAUUCCUUACGCUAAGCCACCAGUUGGAGAACAUAGGUUCAAACGCCCGGUGCCGUAUGGGGAUCUCGCAUCACCAUUUGACGCUUCUAAAUUCGGAUCGUCUUGUCCACAAAUUGAACGUCCACCAUUUGCAAAGUAUUCUAUCAACGAGGACUGUCUGUUUCUAAACGUUUACGUUCCUGCUACUGCUUCUGAUCGCCCUGAAGGGCACGCCAUUAUGAUCUGGAUUCACGGAGGUGGACUUAAUUACGGGGCUGGUCAACUUUAUGCCGGUGAAGUUCUAGCGGCGCAUGGAAACGUUAUAAUUGUGACCAUCAAUUACAGGGUGGGCGUUUUCGGAUUUCUGAAUAUUGGUGACGAACGCGCCCAGGGGAAUAUGGGACUUUGGGAUCAGCGUCUUGCUAUGAACUGGAUAAAGGAAAAUAUUGGAAGUUUCGGAGGCGAUAUUAACAGAAUUACAAUAUUCGGAGAAUCUGCAGGAGCCGUGAGUGUAAACAUUCAUAUCAUGUACCCGCCGAACAAAGGUUUAUUUCAGCAGGCGAUUUCUCAGAGUGGGGCCGCUAGGUCUAAAUUCGGGUCCGCUGCUCCUCAUGUCACGUUAGCGGCGUAUUUAGGGUGUAAUUUGAGCACAGCAGAUGAGAUUUUCUAUUGUUUGAACAACACUAAUGCCAAAGAUGUUGUAGAUAUUCAGCUUCAACUUAGAACGGACAUUAGCAAAUAUGAAGAAAUCUCGUUCAUGGAAACGAUUGACGGCGAACUAAUCAAGCGAUUUCAACAUGACACAAUUCAAGAUGGCUUAAAUAAUCGCCAAAGCGACGAGAUCGAAUUUAUGCAGUCUUUAAGAUAUAUUAACGGUGUCAAUGGUAACGAAGGACUUUCAACUUUUCUUCGGAUCUUAAACGCUCCACUAAACGAAAUGAUCGUUACCAAAGAAGUGUUGGACAAUGAUUAUAUACCAAAAUUUCUCUCAUAUAUAUACCCCGGUCAAGAAGUACCUCCCGAAGUUCAGAAAGUUAUUGCCUAUGAAUAUACCAACUGGGUUGACCCAGAAGACGCGACACGAAUGUUUAUCAAGUAUGCUGGAGAUGUUACGUAUAACGUUGAAAGUAUGGACCUGCGAACCCUUCACCUUAAGGGAGAGGGGUCAAGAAUAUGGGUAUACAGUUUUGAAGCAAACAUGGAUCAACAUCUUUUAUCGACACCUGAUUGGGCGACAACAGCCAAUCAUGGAGAUGACCUAGCACCUCUGUUUGGCUACCAGAUAGAUUAAAAGAAAGCCUACAACAUCAGCGACUAUCAACCGCCUGCUUGGGAACUCGACCUCUCGGAGCGAAUGAUGACUUACUGGACCAACUUUGCAAAAUACGGAAAUCCCUCCGGGAACGACUCAAUCACGUGGCCGGAGUACGAGCAAGACUCCAUGCGCCAUCUUGUACUGGAUAGGACCGACUCUAUAGGAACACGACAAUUUGCCAGGGAAGUUGCAUUUUGGCGGGAAGUCGUUCCAGACAUGAUGGCGGCAAAUGAAAAGUGCAGCAAAGACAAAGGACCAGGGGAUAUGGUAGCAUCUAGUGCUAAUAGUGUGUUUAGUUAUUUCGGUUUAUCAAUUUCAAUAUUGUUGCAGAGCAUCUACGCAUGUGACAUAUUUUGAUAGACAUUUUGACGUCUUUAAAACCGUUAUUUUCAGCCGUUCGGUUCCCUCGGAAUGUGUCGGCGCAUAACGUCACCUUAUUCUAAUAGUUUAGGUUUAUCAUUCUGAAGAAGAUUUUAGCCAACAUUAACUUUAGAACGUCAAGGCUAAAUAAAGCUUCAUCCUCCAAUUCUUAGCUACAGAAUCCCCCAAUUCUUAGCUACAGACUUAGUGUGUUUUUUAUGAGUUAUUUGCAGUCAUUUAUUUAGCUACAUAUGCGAGAUUUAGCUGUGUUCGAGCUUUGAUCUUAUUUGCUACGUGUGAAUAUGUCACAUUGUGGUAUUUCUCUAGAGCAGCUUUCGUUUAAUAUAUCAAAACUUUAACUGAUAUCACGCAUAAUGCUGUGUGAACUAUUUGUUUUUAUUUUACGAAACGGUCGCACUGGUGUAAUAUCGAUUUCAAUAACCUAUACUUGAGCAUGUGUUAUCAAAUUUCGCUCAGCUACGUACCUGCAGCCUAUACCGUUAAUAUCACGUUGUUUGCAUCAUGUCUGUAAUGUUAUCCUUUUUUCUGUUUGUACUCACUGUUUUUUUAGAAUGCAACCUUUAUUUGCAGCCAAUGAAAUGGCUACGCUCACUCCGCCCAUUCUUGAUCAUUAUGAUUUUACUUUAUGUCAUCCAACUGAUAAUUAUUAUUGUGUAACAUUGUUUUAACUUACUGUCCAUCAAUGCAACAACAAUAUCCUUUCUUGAAAUAUUGGACAGUCCGUUCUGAAAAUAAUGGACAGU